AUGCGCUCCAAGCUCCGUUUGCUGUCUUUCGUCUUGCCGGCGGGUGCCGGGGGCGUCGCGCGGUAUUCUCUCGGGCGCGGCAGGCUGGUCGCCUCGCCGCAGUCCCGCUUUCGCUCGCGCUGGUGGGCGCUCGGUCGGAGGAGGGGCCUUCAGCUCAGGUUUCAAAGCCUGUGGCUUCUCUUGCAGCCCACUGAUUCCAGUCUUGCCAGGGCUUGCGGUGGCGAUGGCGGCCCGGAGUUUGUCGCAUGUGUGCGCAAGGUGUCUAGAUCUGCCCUGGUCGCUUUCCUGGCUUCGCCCCUCGCCCGCCUCCACUCUCGAGCCAAGCUGCAGCAGCUAGGAGUGCGGCGAGGCUGGGCCCUCGUCCUGAAGCAGGUGGCCAGACUGAGGUUUCUCGGCCUUCUCGGAUACCUGCUGGAGUGGUUGUUGGAGGGCACGCACAUGAACAAGACGCUGCACUACUUGGUGCCCUGGCGCGGCGCCACGAGAGCGAGGGUCGCCAUGGCCGCCAUCACAAUGGUCUUUGUGACGCCCCACGCGUGUUCAAACCUGUGCUGCAGUCGGCUUCCCAGCUUUAUUGCUUCAGGCGCGCCGAGCCCCUCGCGGCCGCGUUCUUCAUGCCGGCAGCGGCCCAGCGAGCAGCGGGGGCCGCCGCUCGACGGUGCUCGUCGGGCACGUGGCCGAACACCUGCACCAGGAGGAGGAGAAUCACCACCUGGAGGAGCGCAUGAGGCGCAUCGAGGCCCGCCUGACGCCCGCCGGCGCCGGCAAGAAGGCGGACUGAGGACAGCCUGCCCGGGGUCUGGGCACUCGUCCCCGCACAUACGGCGGCGUGGUUGCCGCAAGAGGAGGUCUCCCCCGCAGUUCCCACGGUCGCCUCGCGCAGCGCAGAUCUUGCGCCACCCGACCUCUUGACCCCCCUUGCCCGGGGCAGGAGACCAGGGGGGGGCGGCGGGGCGGAACCAGGAGGGCGAAAGGGAGGGAAUGAGAUCUUCGUUUCGUGAGUGGUGUGGCGCGGCCCGUGCCCAGCACCGAGGUCUCCCUUGAGAAGACGAAGAAGCAGACG